AAAUUCCUUGUAAUCAAGUAGGUCAGUAGGUUUCAUUCAUUGUAAGUACUAUUUUGAGAAAGUUUGUCUGUAUUUGCUCCAAAAAGAUUUUUCAAAAAAAAAUUUAUUUGCAAUGAAAACCCAAAAAUUUCUAAAAAAGAAUGGAUACCGAUGGAGAACCUGCUGAAAAAAAGGAACGGUGUGGUGGUCCAAAUAACCAAAAUGGUGAUUUUGCUGGUGGAGACGCUGCCUCUGCCGGUUCCACACAAAUUCAAAAUAAGAAUUUGCCUAAUGAGAGUGGAUCUGCUGCGAAUCGCAACCGGAACCGCGGAGGAAAUUAGAAUCGUCACAAUUUUCAGGGACAGAAUCAAAAUAAUCCAAAUAAAUCCUCUAAUGAAGCAUCAAAACCGGAUGCAGGGAAUGGACCCGAAAAACAAAACAAUACACCCCCGGCUAAUCAGAAUCAACCGAAUCAAAAUGAAAACCAAGGGCAAGGCCAAGGCCAGGGGCAGCAAGGUCAAGGACAAGGUUUGGAAGGUCCUGGAGUAGGUGGUGCUGGUAAAAACGAUAGCGGCAGAGGCGGUGGCGGCGGCUCCAACCAAGGUGGUGGCGGAGGAGGUGGUGGUGGAAACCAACAACAUAUUUAACAGCAGCGGCGUGAAAACAGAAACCGUGGCCAAAGUUCAGGUGGCCCUGGUGGCCCCAAUGACACUAUGAAAGAACAGUGAACAG